AGGCAGCAUAGGAUCAUGUACUGUAAACAGAGCAGGUACUUCACGCGGAAGCAGGAAGUUUUCAGUUCGACACGAGCGUCACUCACGCGCUCUCCUUUCGUUUCUGCUCACGCGGAGCGGUUUGAAACUCCCUGGCAUGUUCUUUAAUGACUGACACGUUUCUUCCUUCACUAUGGUUCUUCUUCCACCCGUUUUGGUGGCAGUGUGUGUGUCGGUGGCGUCCGCGGUGACGGUUUUAUCAUGGCCUCCUCUCAACUGCUCCCGACAGGGUUUGAGAUGUACCGUCACUACAAGUAACUGCAUGGACAGUAAAUGGCUGGAUGGGAACCCGUACACUCCCAGCAGUCCAGAGGGGCUGCAGGUGAGCGUGGACACCAGGCAGGACGAGACGGGACACCUGCACCCUGUGCUGGUUGCUAACUGGAGCAUAAAGGAUGAUGGCAGUAUAAGUUUCCUGACGGCCACCGAGCUUCACGUUCUGGUCGCGUCUUCCAACCAGAACCUGUGUGUCCGAUAUUCCUUCAAAGAGAAACUCUUUAUGAGAAGUCAGACGGGGGAAAAGUGGUCGUUCUCAGCCAACAUGCUGGUGCUGGACCCUGGUCAGACGUACCAGGCCUGUGUCUUUAACAUCCCCAAACCACAGCUGGACCACACCAGCUACAACGUCUGCACUGAUGUCACCGUUCCUGGUUGUCAAGAUCCCAAAAUGCAGAUGACUGAGUUUUGCGUGGAAAGAGGAAGUCUGUGGCAGCCUAACAUCAGUCUGACUCGGAUCACUGCAGUCAGUGGGAGACCCGUUCUGGCUGUCAGCUUCAGUCCCAACACGCUGUGUGAGGAAUACAUGGUCAUUGUGAGCUGCUCCACGACCCAACAAGUAGAGCGCACACACACGGCUAACCAGAAGACUCUGAAUGUAACAUUCAGCCUCGAUAGAUGGCCAAGAUUUUGCUGCCAGUUUGAUGUGGAGAUAAAACCUUUCUUCCCCCAAUGUGGCGAGGACUGUGCCCGUCGAAAGGCAACUCUGGAUCUUUGUUUUGUGAGGCCAACGGAUGCCCCCGAUGUCCCCGUGUACACAUUUGUGGUCCUGGGAGUGGUGUUCAUGUGUGUUGUGAUGGCAGUCGCUAAGUACGUCCUCUGCCGAAAGCAAGGCAAACCUGGUGUUACUGCAGCUCCUGUGGUCGGGGAGAUGCCGUGUGAGCAGACGCUUAAACAGCCUCCCAAAGUGCUGGUCAUCUACUCCCAUGACCACCGCCUCUACAGGGAUGUGGUGCUCAAGCUCUGUGCCUUCCUUCAGGCCAAGUGCAGCACCAAGGUGCUGGUGGACUUGUUGGACUCGACCUCGGUCAGCAUGGUGGGGCGCCUCCGCUGGCUCGAGUGGCAACGACAGCAGCUCAAAAAUCCCUCAGACAAAAUCCUGGUGCUGUGCUCGCAAGGCGUCCAGGCCAAGUGGAGGGCCAUGUGUGGCCAAGGCCGGGUGACUCUGAGGGAAGACGUUCUCUCCCCUACGGAUGACAUGCUCACUCCCUUUCUCAACCUCUUCCUACCAGACAUGCACCAUGCCGGCAUGCUGGGCAAGUACAUGGUGGCUUACUUUGACGACAUCAGCCGGGAACAAGACGUGCCAUCGGUGUUUGACAUCGGAGUCAAAUACAAGCUGAUGAAGCAUUUCGAAGAACUGUAUUUCCGCAUCUUAGACAUUGAGAAGUAUCAGCCGGGUCAGGUCAAUCACAUCAAGGGCAUUGGUGGGGAUGAAUAUUUCGACUGUCCAUCAGGUAGAGCCCUAAAGAACGCCAUUGAAGCCUUCCAGGCCUACCAGUUGGAGAAUCCUGACUGGUUCCAGAAAGAGUGUGUGAAUGAUGAGGAGGAGGUCAUGGCGGAGGCAAACCGACUCAUAGACCAGCUGCAGAUCCCUCCAGUCCUAGAGUGUGUUCCUCUAAUCAGAGUUGGACUUCCUGUCUACACCCACGAGGUAGAAAUCAAUGGAAAUGGUGACAGUCUUCUCGUGCUUACACCUGAACUCAACCCAGAAUGCAAACUGUUGUCAAUGGCAGAACUUACACCAGUAGUCAACCCUGAGCUCAGACACCAGUAUCUUUCACACCUGAACGAGGUGCAGCCACACAGCCCCAGGCCAGAAUCUGUCUACAUACUUGAUGCUGUUUUGAACAGCCCUAACCCACCAAGACAGAACUGUCUUUCCCUGCAGGCAGAACCCUGCGGUCACGUUCCCACAGAGGAUGAGAAAGAGGAUGCCCUGCUACACUCUGCUUGUUCGGAGAAGAGAAGCUCGGCCCCACAGGACUCCCGGAACUCAGAACCUCCAGAAUUAUCCUGUGCUAGCAUGCUGAGGGAAUACUUUGAUCAAUCCGAAAUCGGCCACUCUCAGCCUGCGGAGAUGGAGGAGGACGAGGUUCUCGAGCCCCGUGGAAAGGGUCCAAGCAGUGGAUCUGAUCAAGGCUACAUCUCCAAAAUGUCCUCGCAGCAUGAACGUCCUGUCAAAGAGGAUCCGAUGGAGGCUCUGAGAAGACUGCAAGAAGAGCUGUUCCAGAAGAACCUUGGAUACUCUGACAUCGGUCCUGAAGGGAACUGAUGCUCACAGUCCACAGACUGACUUUAAUGAUUACAUUAUGAUCAUAAUGAGUGUCUGAGAGCUCAUGGGGCCAGUAAAGUGUGAGGCUCCAAUGUUAGUUGAUGAUUUUCUGGAUAUAAUAACUCCGAUGUUAUUGUUGUAUUAUUGUUAUUUGAUCAAAACAGAUGAAGACAAAUCAACAUGAUCAUGACUUCAUAGAACAAAGAUGAGAGAGUCAUCUUUGCAGCAGUGACCAUCCUCGAGGAAUCUGCUUCAUGGAACUUUGAGAACAUCUACUUUGAUGAGUUGCAGAGUCCAACGCACUCCGACAGAACCUCUGCAGGGACCGAUUACCUUCGACAACGCCGUGUUAGCUCCGCCCCUGACAGUCAACUCACCUGACUGCCGACAUUACUGUUGUGUAGUCCUGGCAACGGGGACGCUGGCGGAACUUAACCACUGCGAUCUGGUCAACUGGCGUUGGCUGGCUAGCCGACAGUCUCUUGCUGGCUAGCCGACAG